UCGUGAUUCGCUCGUCACUAGAUUACACGCCUUCGCGGAGUGAAAGGAGGAAGAGUGAUCCCGGCUGACUUUACAGGGAUCAGUAUCUCCGCUUCGAAGAGCGAGGAAGGUUUUUUGUCUUUGUUUCGUUCGUGGUUCGAUAUGUUGCGCGUGUUAAGAAGAUUCCAACAUCUGCGACGCUACUCAUCUGCGCCUCUGCCUGCACCGGAAACGAACCCGCCGAUUCUUUACACAGGCAUAUUCGUUAAUAAUGAAUGGCACAAGUCGAAGAGCCAGAAGACAUUUCCUACCGUCAAUCCCGCCACAGGAGAGGUGAUCGCCGAAGUACAAGAAGGCGACACCGCAGAUAUCGAUUUUGCAGUGCAGGCUGCUAAUAAGGCUUUCAAAAGGAAUUCACCAUGGAGAACCAUGGACGCCUCCCAAAGGGGGAUUCUCCUGAACAGACUGGCGAAUUUGAUAGAACGCGAUUGGCAAUAUAUUGCGUCCUUGGAAACUUUAGAUAACGGCAAGCCUUAUUCGAACGCGUAUAGCAUGGACAUACCUUUUAGUGCUAGAGUAUUGAGGUAUUAUGCAGGAUGGGCUGAUAAAUGGCAUGGAAAAGUUAUACCAGCUGAUGGGAAAAUCCUCGCAUAUACUAGACACGAGCCAGUAGGAGUAUGUGGUCAAAUUAUUCCCUGGAACUUUCCUCUUAUGAUGAUGGCAUGGAAAAUAGCUCCAGCUGUAGCUACAGGAAACGUUAUUAUUCUAAAACCUGCCGAACAGACUCCGUUGACGGCUCUUUAUUUAGCACAAUUAACUAAAGAAGCUGGAUUUCCUGAUGGAGUAAUCAAUGUCGUUCCCGGCUAUGGUAAAGCUGGCGCGGCCUUAGUAACUCACGACAAGGUCGACAAGAUUGCAUUUACUGGUUCGACCGAGGUCGGCAAGUUAAUAAAACAAAACGCUGCCAUGAACAAUUUAAAGAGAAUCACAUUGGAAUUGGGUGGAAAAUCUCCUAAUAUCAUUCUGCAGGAUGUCGAUAUAAAUCAUGCAGUAGAAACGGCGCAUUUUGGAUUAUUCUUUAAUAUGGGUCAAUGCUGCUGCGCGGGAUCGAGAACUUACGUUCAAUCGAAAAUCUAUGACGAAUUCGUUGAGAAAAGUGCACUUCGCGCUAAAUCUAGGACCGUAGGAGAUCCGUUUGACUUGAAAGUAGAGCAAGGUCCACAGAUCGAUGAGACGCAAUUAAAUAAAAUUAUAGAUAUGAUACAAUCUGGUAAGGAUCAAGGCGCUAACUUGGUAACAGGUGGUGAACGCAUUGGCGAUAAAGGAUAUUUUGUUGCUCCAACGGUAUUUGCAGAUGUUAAAGAUGACAUGACUAUAGCUCGAGAGGAGAUAUUUGGGCCGGUUCAACAAAUUCUGAAAUUUCAUGAUUUGGAUGAAGUUAUUGAUCGCGCUAAUGACACUGAUUAUGGUUUAGCUGCUGCAGUCUUUACGAAAGAUCUCAAUAAAGCAAAUUAUAUAGUUCAAGGUCUUCGUGCUGGUACCGUGUGGGUUAACACAUAUAAUAUGCUAAGUCCUCAAGUUCCAUUUGGCGGUUAUAAACAGUCUGGAUACGGCAGAGAGCUUGGAGAAUAUGGCCUUGAAGCAUACACGGAAGUAAAAAGCGUAAUGAUUCAACUUGAUGAGAAAAACUCAUAAAAACAUAUCGCUAUGUAAUGAUUCAAUCAUCUUAUUAAUAUUUUUUAUUGAUAGAUGAUAGACAAGUCAUAGUAUAGAUCUUUUUUGUAUAAAUUUAUAAGAGGUUAAAGUUUUAUUUAUAUAAAACUACUUAAAGCUUGUACGCACAGAUUAUAUAUAAGUUAUAUAAAAUUAUAUAAGUUUAUGUAUGUAUGUAUACACACACACGUGCGCGUGCGUGCACA